GGAAGGAAGAGGUAUAUAUAUAGUUCUUAAAGAGACAGCCAACGAUCCAUAUCUAUAAUCAUCUUAUUGACUACUCACAACUACGUCUAACCUUUCUCAACUGCAAUAUACUAUUAAUUCGAAAAUGCCAUCAGGAGGAUGUUUCUGUGAUGCGAUCCGCAUAAGCUACACCGGCGAGCCAGGAGCCCAUCUCCUAUGCCACUGUACCGAUUGUCGAAAGAUUACUGGUGCUACUUAUAGUAACAACAUCGUAUUGCCGGAAGGACAAUUCAAGCUUGAAUCUGGAAAACCCAAAACUAUCAGCAAGAAAGCCGAUUCCGGCAAUCAAAUUACCUCCCACUUCUGCGGUGAUUGUGGCACCACUCUCUACCGCACUGGUGAUUCUUUCCCCAACCAAGUAAUUAUUAAAGCUGGCGUUUUGGAUGAUGGCAAUUGGCCGAAUGAGAAUAUUCCCAAGGGGGAAUUGUAUGUUAAGGAGAGGGUGAAGUGGCUGUCCGAGAUUCCUGGUGCUGCGCAGAUGGAGGGUAUGCCUUCGUAGAUGCCUCUGUGCGAAGAGCAGCGACUUGAUAUAUGGUGGUAGUAUAUGAAUAUUGUUUGAUGGGUAUAAUAUAAUUUUAUCUUUAACAGGGAG